UUUAAGAAUGUUGACGUCUAUAUUGUGUUUAGAGCACUUCCUGCUGACCAGCGGUCACACAAAGUACAUCAACAACCAAGAGUCUUCAAUUUCAAGUCUCGUUCGUAGCAAAGUUUCUCGAUGGAUUUCUCUCAAUUUGAGAUAGAUUCCGACUGGCUGAUCAUUUUGAUAUCACCUAUAGUCAUCGUAUUCGUUUAUCCAUUUGUAAUUAUGGCUAUCAUGUAUUCUGUUACUGUAUUUCUACGUGUAUAUCGACUUCGUAGACGAGCAAUUUUUGAUGCUUACGCGGAGAACUUUUGGGACGGAGCGAAUCAAGCAGUCGCUGCUUUUGUAGAUGCUCAUGGCGAGUAUUGGCACGGUUAUGAGAUCGUUGGUUUGGACAAGUUACCCGAUAAAGGACCAGCAUUACUCAUCUAUUACCAUGGUGCAUUGCCCAUUGAUAUGUAUUACAUUAUGGCUAGAAUUUAUAUUGAAAAGAAAAGACGAUUAAGAAAUGUUGUUGCUACGUUUUUGUUCCAUAUACCAGGUUUUCAAAUUGCUUUAGAGGUGUUUGGUGCGGUGGAAGGCCGGACCAGAGAACAAUGCAUAGAAAUAUUAAAAAAUGGUGAUUUGCUCGCUAUUUCUCCAGGAGGGGUAAGAGAGGCAUUAUUCUCAGAUGAAUAUUAUGGUAUGAUAUGGAACUCUAGGAAAGGUUUUGCUAAAGUUGCCAUGGCAGCAGAAGUGCCUGUCUAUCCAGUGUUUACACAGAACGUAAGAGAAACCAUCAGAGCGCUUAAAAUAGGUCGUGGUUUUUUUCGAAAACUGUAUGAGUGGACAAAGCUUCCUCUUGUGCCACUUUAUGGAGGAUUUCCUGUCAAAAUGAGGACUUUUAUUGGGGACCCGAUUUACUGUGAUCCCAGUGAUACAAGUGAAGAGCUUACUACAAAGGUCCAGGAUGGGAUCAAAGAUUUGAUAAAGAAACAUCAAAGAAUACCCGGUAGUAUCUUUCAAGCAUUACGGGAUCGUUGGACCCAUAGAAGAAGGCGCUCAACGAUCAAGAACAAAAAAGAAUAAGCCAAUGGGCAUCUUAAGAAUUAUUCGUUUUUUUAUAUAUAUAUAUUAGUGAAAUUUGUCUCUCUUUCACUACAUUUUUAUUACUUAUUUUAUUCAUAUGUAGAUAUAUUUUAUCAAAGCAAUGAAUUGACAUACAGCUGUUUGCAAUAAUUCUGACCCCCUCUGCCAUAUUUCAUAUAUAUAUC